AUGCUCGGCAAAAUUGCACUUGAAGAGUGCUGGACAAUUCCAGAGGAGUUGGCGAAUAAUGAUCCCGGCAAGUUUGUUGCAGCUGGAACUGGCUCUCGUCUGACAAAUGAGCUGCUCGAUAUUCACGACUCGCGCCUCAAGCAAAUGGAUGAAAAUGACGUGGAUUUCAUGAUUCUCUCAUUCAAUUCACCCGGCUGCCAGGGCAUUGCCGAUAAGACCCAAGCCGAGGCUCAGGCGACGCUGGCAAACGACCGCAUGGAAGCGGAGGUGAUGAAGGCUCCAAAUCGCUUUGCAGCGUUUGCCGCGCUGAGUAUGCAUGACCCGGCACAAGCGGCGGCAGAGCUUCGUCGAUGCAUGACGGACUUGAAGGGCUUCGUCGGGGUUCUGCUGAACGACUAUCAGAGUUGCGGCGAUGACGGUAACGGCAUGCUCUACUAUGAUCAGCCGGAGUACGAUGUAUUCUGGCAAGCUGCAAACGACCUCGAAGCUCCUGUAUACAUGCAUCCACGGCCUUCCAACAAGCUCAUCCACAAGCUGAUGUGGGACGGUCGCCCGUGGCUCGACUUUUCUGCACUGGGCUAUGCUGAUCGUCUCAACAUGCAUAUCCUGGGAAUCGUGACAAACGGUAUUCUGGAUCGAUUUCCGAAGGUCAAGCUGAUCUUUGGGCACAUGGGCGAGCAUAUUCCGUAUGACAUCUACCGGAUUGACCAUAAGCUCGAUCGCAGCCGCUUCCCCAACAUGCCUAUGAGGAAGGACAAGCUUGUGCGUGACUACUUUGGCGAACAGCUCUUCGUCACAACGUCUGGGCAUUUUUCCACUCCCGCGCUGAUGUGUGCAAUGGGCGAGGUCGGGGUGCAGUCCAUCAUGUUUUCUAUUGACUACCCUUUCGAGAGCAUUCCGAAUGCCUGCGGUACGUAUGAAAGCUCUCGUCCGAUGCAUCCAGUGUUGUUUGACGAGGCCUCUAACAAUGCGUCAUUCAGCUUGGUGGGAUGA